AUGGGGAGACAAGCGCUCUCGUCAAUUGCCAUCCUCCUUCCUCUCAUCACAGCCACCGCAAAUGCGGUCUCGGAAGCCCCGCGACCGCGUGGUGUAGGCCCCGACUUUGCAAAGUACUAUAAAGACGCAACAUCCUUCACGUGUAUCUCCAACCCCGAACUCAAGCUCGAUGUCUCCCGCAUAAAUGACGAUUACUGCGACUGCCCCGACGGCAGCGACGAGCCCGGCACCUCCGCGUGCUCAUACAUCUCUCCUCUCUCACCAAAGCAACCUUCACGCUAUGGCGCCACUAAAAUCAACGCCUCCCAAGCCCUGCCAGGUUUCUACUGUAAGAACAAGGGCCACAUAGCGAGCUACGUGCCCUUUACGAACGUCAACGAUGGCGUAUGCGACUACGAGCUAUGCUGCGACGGUAGCGACGAGUGGGAAGGCGUUGGCGGCAUAAAAUGCGAGGACCGGUGUGCAAAGAUUGGCAAAGAGUGGAAGAAGCAGGAUGAGGCGCGGCAAAAAGGUCUGGGCAAUGCGAACAGGCGGCGGAAAGAGCUCGUUGCCGAGGCGGAGCGGCUGAGGAAGGAGGUUGAGGACCGGAUCCAGACGCUGCAGGCUCAGAUCAAGGGCCAGGAGGUGAAGGUGGAGGCGUUGAUAAGGACAUUGGCUGAUGUGGAGAGGUCGGAGAAGGGCAAGGUGGUGAGGGGUGCGGGAAGGGAGGGAAGUUGGGCUCUGAGGACAGUCAAAGAUGAGAGGGAUGCGGCGAAGUCGAAGAUGGGAGAGCUCGAGGCUAUCCUCAAGCGUUUCAAGGAGGAGUACAACCCCAACUUUAACGACGAGGGUGUCAAGCGCGCGGUCAAGGCUUGGGAAGACUACGCAGCUUCACAGCCUGUAGAAGAAGACAACUCUGCCCGCGACCGUGAUCUCGAAGAUCUCUUGAACCCUUCCUCCGAAAGCGCCAUUAAGUGGGACGACUUCGAUACCGAGGAAGAGUCCGAUGUCGAGCUUCUCUACAAAUUCGAAGAAUACCUCCCCACCCCCGUCCGCACCUGGGUCGACGAAAAACUCCGCGCCCUCCGAAUAACCCUCAUCGAAAACGGUAUCCUCGCCGACCCACACACCGACUCCCCGGAAAGCAAACGCGUCACCGACGCCCGCGACCAGCUUUCCUCCGCCCAGCGCGACCUCGACAACGACCGCAACGAGCUGACCAAGCACAACGAGGACCUGACCAAAGAGUACGGCCCGGACUCCAUUUUCCGUGCUCUCAAGGGCGUGUGCGUGAACCAGGAUAGCGGGGAGUACACGUACGAGCACUGCUUCCUGGACAAGACGACGCAGAAGCCUAAGAAGGGUGGGGGCCAUACUGGUAUGGGCAAUUUCGUGCGCAUUGAGAAGAUAACGGUGGAUGAUGAUCUGCCUGCCGAUGGGAAGGGGCUUGGUAGUGGGGAACGCUAUGCGUUGAAGUACGAGAAUGGACAGCACUGCUGGAAUGGGCCGAAUAGGAGUACGUUGGUCGUGCUGGCGUGCGCGGAGAAGGACGAGAUUUGGAAGAUUGUCGAAGAGGAGAAGUGUGUGUAUAGGAUGGAGGUGGGUACACCAGCGGUGUGUGGUGUGAAGGAGGGACAUCAGACUGUGCUGCCGGCGCACAAUGAGCUGUAG